CUAACUACAAACCCAUACAACCACUUUUCUCAUUUCCGUGUGUUAGACGAAGUGGUGAGAGAUACUUGUAGUGGUGAGAAAUAUGGCGUCAGGCUACCCAGUUACACAGCAACCUGGCUACGGAGGGUACCCCCCUCAGGGACAAGGGUACCCCCCUCCUCAGGGAGGCUACCCACCCCCUCAGCAGGCUAUGGCGGCCCCGCAGAUGGCGGCUGGGCCGGGGCAGGUGUGGAUGCAGCCCCCCCGAGCACCAGUAGGAUGUCCGCCGGGCCUGGAGUACCUCGCACAGAUCGAUCAGUUGUUGGUGAAACAACAAGUUGAGCUUCUGGAAGCUUUUAUCGGCAUAGAAGGAAACAACAAGUACAAGAUCAAGAACGCCAUGGGACAGAAGGUGUACUUCGCGGCGGAGAAGAACGACUGCUGCUCCCGCCAGUGUUGUGGGAACGUCCGGUCGUUUGAGAUGAAGGUGUACGACAACAACAAGCAGGAAGUCAUACACUUCAGCCGGCCGCUGCGCUGUAUGAACUGUUGGGCCGUGUGCUGCCUUCAGGAGCUGGAAGUCCAGGCCCCACCCGGCACCACCGUAGGCUGGGUCAAACAGAGCUGGCAUCCGUACCUGCCCAUGUUCACGAUAGAAGACGCCUCCGGACAGACCGUGCUGACUAUUGAAGGCCCGUGUCUCAGCUGCUCGUUCUGCGGAGAUGUGGAGUUCAAGGUUCUGUCGGCCGAUGGGGACCAGAAGGUGGGGAAGAUCUCCAAACAGUGGAGCGGGCUGCUGAAGGAGGCCUUCACCGACGCCGACAACCUCGGCAUCCAGUUCCCCAUGGACCUGGACGUCAAAGUCAAGGCCACGCUGCUGGGGGCGCUCUUCCUCAUCGACUUCAUGUUCUUCGAGCAAGUCGGAGACGAUGAGCAGAGGUCGUCCAUUCUGUUUUAGAACCCUUGCUUGUUUGGUGUAAGUUACGUAUUACUAAAGGAUACGUUCACUGUCUAACUUCAGGAAGUACUAAGAGUAGUUGUUUUUUAGUAAUUAACUAAACAAGCGUAGGCAGAGAC